GACAUAAUUCAAACAUGGGUUACGGAAUGUACCCCACAAUUCCAAAUACGAACGUGUAUAUAUGUUGAGACAUGAGCCACCUAAUCGAUCUUCAACUGCUUGAUUUAAUCACGCAUCGAUACUCAAAGAUGUCUGCUGUACACCUGAAAAAUAUUAAAGCUGAUGGCGUCGACAUAUUUUAUAGAGAAUCCGGGCCCUCUGAUGCUCCUACACUCCUCCUCCUCCACGGCUUUCCUAGCUCGUCUCAUCAAUUCCGCAAUUUAAUUCCUCUUCUAUCUAAGAAAUAUCAUAUCCUAGCUCCAGAUAUCCCUGGUUUUGGGUUUACUACAGUUCCUGAAAGCCUCAACUACAAGUACACAUUCGAUGCUCUAACCACUUCUAUCGAGUCUUUCUUGCGUGAACUGAAAGUUCAAAAAUACUCAAUCUACCUCUUCAACUAUGGCGGUCCAAUUGGAUUACGUCUUGCAAUUCGUCAACCAGAUGCUAUCCAAUCGAUAAUCUCCCAAAACGGUAACGCAUAUACCGAAGGACUCGGUGGUUUCUGGGCUCCCCUCGAGCAGAUGUGGGCAACUAAAACUCCAGAAGAACUUGCUUCUUCCAGAGAAUCCCUCAAGGGGGUCAUCUCCCUGGAUUUUACCAAAUGGCAAUACGUUACCGGGACCCCGGAAGCCAAUCUCCACAAAAUUGCACCAGAGUCUUAUACCUUGGACUAUGCUCUGAUUUCCCGUCCUGGAAACACGGAUAUCCAACUCGAUCUUUUCUACGAUUAUCGUACCAAUAUUGAUUUGUACCCAGAGUUUCAGAAAUUUUUUAGAGAUACAAAUGUACCGAUUCUAGCGGUUUGGGGAAAGAAUGAUGAGAUUUUCGUUCCGGCUGGGGCGGAAGGGUUCAAGAAAGAUAGUGAUAAUGUGGUGGUGGAGUAUCUGGAUGCGGGACAUUUUGCCUUGGAGACUAAUGUUGAGGAGAUUUCGGAUGCAAUUUUGAGGUUUAAGGAGAAGUUUAGACUUUGAGAAAGAGACGGGUUAGUUUGGGAUGUUUGAUCUAGCUUUUUGAGUGAAAAUGGAUGAUAAAAUUCAAAGAAAUGUUCAAAAUUGUUUAAAACAAUCA